AUGAUAUAGAUAGAAUAAGUUAGGAUUUAAAAUAAAAUUAUCUAGAAAAAUUUCAAUCAAACUUCAAAGAAUUUUUACUAAAGCGCUACCUAUCUCCUUGUCAAAAAAAAUAAUGCCGUUUUUGCUUUUGUAUAGAAUGGAGAAUUAGGAACAAAAUUAAUAAAUUUGCUUAACUUGUCUUAAAAAGAUGUGCGCUAAUUAUUGCGGAAGACCAUAUAAAGUAAAUAUUUUUUAUUAACAUAGAAAAAAUUUGGAAAUUUAUCUAGACAUUGCAAUAUAAAACAGACUAUGUAUCUUAAUUGAAAAAAUAGUGA